AUGGAUGCAGGCCCCUCAGUCCCCGCAUCCCAAGCAUCCCACCUCCUCUCCUCCUUCACAACAUUCCUCACACUCACAUUCCACACCCUUCUCUACCACCGUGGUCUUUACCCGCCAACGACCUUCCUCACCGCACGCGCCCUGAACCUCCCCGUCCACCAGUCCCGCCAUCCCGGCCUCUGCACGUGGAUUAACGAUGCUGUCUCCGCUGUGGCGGCUCAGCUUCGUAAAGGUGCCGUGCGCCGUAUAGCGGUUGUGAUGCAUGCUGCAAAGACGUUCAAUGUGCUGGAGCGCUGGGUCUUUGACGUUGAGACUUUCCCUGCUGGGUGGGGCGAUAGAGAAGAGGCAACGUAUAAUCCCGCUGUGGUGGAGGGUGCCGAGGAGGAGGACGGUGUCAAUUGGACGGAUGUCAAUGAGGCGUUUAGGGGGGCGCUGCGUCGUGUUGCGCAUGCGGCUGAGAUGAUGCCUGCUUUGCCUGAAGGGAGCACUUUUACGCUUGGUGUUGAGCUUCGCGAUGAAGCAUCAGCGCCCAUAGGUCAUCCGCAACAUUGGAUCCCUUCGCCACCCAAUCUUCAACCACCCACUGAUACCUCUUUAAAUCAAGGUUCGUCUCUUGGCGGCCAAAACACAACCCCAAUUCGCUCUGUCCAAGCUGGACCUUUGUUCUUUGAAUGCUGGAUCGAGCAAGGCGACUCAUAA